AAAUUAAAAAACAAAAAACUCAAGAUUUUCCGAUCCAACAGAGAGAUUGAAAGUUUCUGAAGAGAGGUAGAGAGAGAACGAGAUGGAGGUAAAGACAGCAGGGGCGUCGUUGGAUUCGGUUAUCUCAGGGUUCAACCGUCGGAUCGCGGAGCUUCAAGAUCUCGUCAUUGCGCGAAACGUGUACCCGGCGAGCAGCGUCACCGAUUUGUCGGCCGUCGACGCGGUCGUGAAGGCCAUGGAGCUUCAGGUUCAGGCCAUCAAGGACCGCUUGCGUGAUGAAACCCUAGCCAUCCCUAAAGCUAAAAAACUCGUCGAUGCCGCGCUGAAGCAGCAAAAGAAAUUGCAGGACAUGUCAGUUUAUGUGCCCUCGCAUGUUCCCGAAAGAAUGUCGAUGUUGAAUUUGGAUACUAAUAAGUGUUUGUUUCCAGAAGGAACUCAACAAAAUACCGGUUCCUUCAAGCUUGAGGAAGAGCCUGCUGCUCUACCUAAGGAGAAAAAGGGACGUUCCCCUCCACCAUUGUGGUUUAUAACUGCUGAAGAGCUGGAUUCUUUGUCGGGGUACAUGAGGGGAAGGCUUACAGUAGAGAAGAUCAAUGCAGCUAUUAAUGACAUGGUGACAUAUGCAGAAGCAAACGCUCAGCUGAUAUUUGCCCCAAAGAAGAAGGUAGCAGGAGAUCUUUGGGAAAAGGCACUGGAAAUGAGGGACAUUGCAAUGACAGAAGGAAUAAGGGGAAAACACUUCUUUCUCGAAACUGACAUGAAAGGACCAACCUUGAAGCCUGACAAUACUGGAAAAGCAAUACUAACUGUCCUUCGUCACCUUGGUCGUGUAAGCGAGACACGUAUCGGGCCUCAUCGAGUGAUCAUUCUAUUGAAGCGUCCUUGACAGGGCCUGCAUCAUGGUUUGGUUCUCAAUCAUUUUGGUUUUUGAUUAAAAAAAAUUCAAGUUCUUGCUUUGCAUCGUGUGUAAAUGGCAAGAAGAUUUGGCUCAUGUUGUCGCUUUUGAGGCUAUAUAGUCGAGUGUAUCUCUUAAAGUUAAACUAUUAAAAAAUUUAGACAUGUAUUAUUGUAUUAUUAUUCUAUAUAAGUUAGGAAAAUUUAAGUUUUA